CAGCCGCAGCCCGAACCAGAGGCAGAGUCCGCACGUCGUGCUCACGGCUCCGACCGCCGCGCGGCCGGCUUAUGAGAGCGCCGACGGCCGUCUCCCCGCUGCGCGGCCUCCUCCUGCUGCACCUCUCCUCCCUCCCCCCUCGCCCGCCGCCCACCAUGAACCCCUCCUCCUCCUCCGCCGGCUACCGCUCCAGCGCCGCCGCCUCCGCCUCCCCGCACCACCCGCGCGGCGGCGGCGGGCGGCGAUCCGGCGGCCGUGGCGGUGGAGACGGCGGAGACCGCGUCGACGCCCUCGGCCGUCUCCUGACGAGGGUCCUGCGGCACAUGGCGUCGGAGCUGAGGCUGGACAUGAGGAGCGACGGCUACGUGCGGGUGCGCGACCUGCUCGGGCUCAACCUGCAGACCUUCGCCAGGGUUCCCCUCAAGGCCCACACGGUGGACGAAAUCAGGGAGGCGGUCAGGCGGGAUAACAAGCAGAGGUUCAGCCUGUUGGAGGAAGAUGGGGAGCUGCUGAUUCGAGCGAACCAGGGGCACACGGUGACAACUGUUACUUCAGAGAGCUUGUUGAAACCAAUUGUAUCAGCUGAUGAAGUCUCAGUUUGUGUCCAUGGAACUUAUAGGAAAAAUCUUGAUUCAAUCUUGCAAUCUGGGCUAAAACGUAUGGCAAGGUUACACGUUCAUUUCUCAAGUGGCUUACCUUCAGAUGGUGAAGUGAUCAGCGGUAUGAGGCGCAGUGCUAAUAUCUUGAUAUAUUUGGAUGUCAACAAGGCAAUGCAAGAUGGGAUGAAGCUGUACAUUUCAGACAACAAGGUGAUUUUGACGGAGGGAUUCGAUGGCGUCGUCCCUGUCAAGUACUUUGAGAAGAUCGAAACAUGGCCAGGGCGUGCGCCAAUACCAUUCCAAAGAUAAGAGAUCUUAGAGUACCGCUGUCUGCAGUUCCUGUGUGUCUUUUUGAGUGCCCCGGUGCAUGCACAUUACAUGUGUCUCCUUGCCCGAAAAGAGAAUUAACCGUGUUGUAAUAUCUGAAAGAGCCGUGUUACCCAUAUAACCAUGAAUAUGUGAGAUAUCAUAGUUCGAAUA